AUGAGCACUACAACAAUCAAAGUAUCCACGAAGGACAUCUCUGUAUUCUCUGAUGAGUAUAAAAAGCGUAGAAGGCAGCAGAUGCUACGGUUCUUCGGUGCAACAAUGUUCACAUUAGUAUCAGCAAGACUAGCAUUUAGAGGUGUCCAGGUCCGCAAGUAUGUUCCAAAUAUGUUUCAGUUGAAUCACAAACAGCCGCAUUUUUCUUAUCAAGGAGAAGCCGCUAGCGCUCUUGCCUACGGUACAGGGUUAGCAACGGGAUCAUUUGCGAUGCUCAUUCUAGGAACAUGCUGGAUAUGGGAUGUAUCUACUUUUCCAGAGUUCACUUUGAAGGUGAAGAGGCUUAUGGGAGAAGAUCAAUCUAAGGCUUCCGAUAUCACUAACAUGCCAAUGGAUGAUGACACGAAGAAGGUAGUAAACGCUUUGGAAUCUUUACUUUCAUCUGAGAAGAAAGGCUAG